AUGUUCAAAGGUGCGAUAUAUAAACGACCAAAGGCACGCUUGAAAAGGCCAGGAGAAGAGCUGCAAAUUGAAACGAACAUUCGCUACGUCAUCCCUGAAGUUCUGCAGCAGCAGGGAAAAACGCUGUGUUUCGAGAACAAACUGUCAACAAGAGGACACCCGCCCCAGGUGAAAUUGCCGUGCAUAUUUUGGACGCUGGAAUUUUUUGCACUAAGAGACACUGAUUCCAUGAAGGAAUGGCAUGAUCUCUCGAAAAGAAUCAAAAGCACACGUGGCCUAACAAGCUGGGUUCAAUCCAAGCCGGAAAGUGAUGUACAACGCAGCAUUCUAUCUACGCUGCCAAUGCUGAACAUAUUUUCUGCAUUCAAGACUCGGAUAGCUGAAAUAAUUGUUCAGUUUCAUGAUCUUACAAGGUUUGCGGGUGAAAACUGGCUGUGUGAUGGGUGUGUAUUUGUAGCUGCACUACAUGCGACCCAACGAGCACAACUGACCGGUACAAACAGAGUGGAGUUAUUGAAGUAUUUGUAG